AUGAAGGAGAAAAUUUCAGUGACCAAACUUUCGCCAAAGAAGUGGGGUAUUUCUGGAACGUCUAGCUUUCUUUUGGCUACAUUGUUUGCUGGAGUCUCAAUUCUGCUGAACCAAGGAAUAGAUAUUAGGGCUAACAUUUCUGCAGUCUUGGGUCUUGCCAUUCUAGAUGCUAUAUUACUUGGUGGGUCUUGCUUAGCACAAAUCUCCAGCUUCUGGCCUCCCUACAAGCGUCGAAUUUGUGUUCAUGAAGCAGGCCAUCUCCUUAUUGCAUACCUGAUGAUUUGUCCAAUUCGUGGUGUAAUUUUAGACCCAAUCGUUGCAAUGCAGAUGGGCAUUCAAGGACAGGCAGGAACACAGUUUUGGGAUGAAAAACUUGAAAAUAAGCCCGCUGAAGGCCGGUUAAGUGGUACUGCAUUUGACAGGUACUGCAUGGUUCUAUUUGCUGGGAUUGCCGCUGAAGCUCUUAUAUAUGGAGAGGCCGAAGGUGGAGAAAAUGAUGAAAAUCUCUUUCGGAGCAUCAGUGUUCUUCUAGAACCCACACUCUCUGUGGCACAGGUCUUUCUCUGGUUAAAGAUGUAUUUUGUUUCCAAGAUACUGGCAGAGAAGGCUGCAAUGGAAGAAGCUAAAAGAAUAACAUUGAUUCAUUAGCAUCAUACCACCACUGGUUGUUGGUCCAUUCAUCACACCUACAUUGCCACCUAGCUUAAUCACUGCCCUUUCACUAAUUACCGAUUGAGAUGUGCGGGGAAUGAAGCUCACUACUGCAUCAUUAAACAAGGUCAAUAUGUGCAUUUGGAUGAUCUUUGUGAGGCUCAUAUAUUCUUGUAUGAGCAUCCCAAGGCAGAAGGAAGAUUCAUUUGCUCGUCUCAUCAUGCUAUCAUCUAUGAUGUGGCUAAGAUGGUGUGACAAAAAUGGCCAGAGUACUAUGUUCCUACUGGGUUGCCCAGAUCAGUACUUGAACUGUCUAAGAAAAUGAUAAUAGAAUCAAGUAGGAAUCCUAUGGCAGCAGCUGUUGAAAAGGAGGCUGGAUGGAUGCUCUUAUCCUCACUGCUUGCAUGCAUGCCAAAAGAGUAACUUGAGGAUCAAGUUUUUGAUAUUCUUUCUUUAUGGGCUUCUGCAUUCCAAGGAAUUCCAGAACGCCGUAUCAGUGAAACAAAAGAUCUUCAAUCUAACAAGGCUAGGAGGGCGUUGAUGGCUUUAAGAGGACUUGUCAGACUCAAAUCACUUGUUGAUGGACCUACUACCAAGAGGGAAACUGCAAAUGCUCUAAAAUGCAUGCAGACACUUUCUCAGGUGCAAUCUCAGAUUAGUUGUAGAAGGAUCAGGAUGUUGGAGGAGAACCGAGCAAUUAUGCAGAAGAAUGUGAAAGAACUCAAGAGUUUGAGUUAUAGUUUUUAUUCUUUAUUCUCCUUUACCUUAAAGAGAGGAUUUGGUGGUUUCAAACUAGUUGCAUAUUUUCGAUUAUGAGAUUGUUGUUGAAUGAUUUUGUUUUGUGCUGUGUAUAUAUUGUGUUAUAAUUUAUUAUGUAUAUAAAUAAAAAUUUACAUUAAUACGA